AUGAGGCAUCUUCUACCGACACUGAUGUGCCUCUGCCUGGCUGUGGCAGCUCCACCAGAUGAGAAUUUGCCCACCACGAGAGAAACCACCUUCCAGGACACAACUACAGAGCUCCUGAGUAAAGGACUUGACACCACUACGGGGUUGUUCUCAACUGAACUGCUUGACACAACUACGAAUCCGCCGGAGAAUGAGUGGCCUGAAUGUGGAAGUCCGGAGAUGGUGAAGCACUCAGAUUUCACAGUUUGGGACUACUCCGUGGUCAUUGGGAUGCUGGUGGUGUCGUUGGGUAUUGGAGUCUUCUACGGGUUCUGCGUGCGCGAUGAGGGUUCAUCUGAGGACUUCCUCCUUGGCUCGGGAAUGUCCCUCGGUCCUGUAGCGCUGAGUCUCUGCACCAGCUUCAUCACGGCCAUUGAACUUCUCGGCAAUCCCGCUGAGAUGUUCUUCAAUGGCACCCAAUUCGCCCUGAUCGUCCUCUCGAUGGUUCUUGUCCUGCCCAUGGCUGUGAAAAUCUUCUAUCCCAUCUACUUCAAGAUGCAGCUCACGAGUUGCUAUGAAUACCUCGGGAUUCGCUUUGGGAAACGUCUCCGGAUAUUCGGGGCGAUUCUCUACAUCAUUCAGAUGUCUUUCUACACCUCUGUGGCUGUGCUGGCGCCGGCUAUUGCCCUCUCAAAAGCCACUGGCCUCGAUACGCGGCUUGCUGUGGGGCUCAUCUACCUCGUUUGCGUCUUCUAUGCCUCUCAGGGAGGGAUGAAGGCCGUCGUAAUCGCCGACACAUUCCAGGCAUGUAUUCUGGCGCUUUCCCUCGUUCUCGUUGUGAUUCUUGGCUAUUUCUAUUCGGGCACCUUCAGCGAGGUGUUCGAGGCAGCCUCAAAAGGCGACAGACUUGAAUGGGCGAACUUUAGCGUGAAUCCCACAACGAGGCACACGGUCUUUAGUGUGGUCAUCGGUGGAUUCUUCUACUGGACCUCAAUGUUCUGCACAAAUCAGGCAUCAGUGCAGAAAUGCAUGUCCCUGAAAAAGCUCAGCAGGGCAAAAUCUGCCAUUUAUGUAGCUGUUCUCGGACUGAUUGUGGUCUUUGUCAUCAACUUCUACACGGGCUUGAUGGUCUACACCCACUACUCCACGUGCAAUCCACUCCGCGCGGGUGAAAUCACAGCACAGGAUCAACUUCUACCCCAUUACAUCAUGGACGUGUACAAUGGAAUUAAAUUCAUGAGUGGCAUUUUUGUGGCUGGCAUUUUUGCAGCAAGUCUCGGGACUGUGGCAGCUGCUCUCAAUUCCCUUGCGACUGUGACGUGCGAAGACAUCCUGGUGGCGGGAAUGAAUAUAAAAAUCAGCGCUGACAAAGGAGCUCUCUACGCCAAGUGGUUGUCUUUGGGCUUUGGUGUAUUUUCCUUCGUGCUGGUGUUUAUUGUGGAAAAACUCGGUGGAAUUCUCCAAGCCACCCUCACCCUCAAUGGUCUUAUCGGGGGCAUCACACUGGGUCUCUUCCUGCUUGGAAUCCUCUUCGAGCGAGCCAACUGCACGGGUGCCUUCUACGGUGGUAUCACGUCCCUCGUGGUUAUCCUCUAUGUGGGCAUCAUGGCACAGCUGACCAACCAGGAUGUGGUGCCUCUACCCACAUCCAUGGAAUCCUGCGAGUGCUUCCUCAAUACGACGGAUACAGCCAUGGAUGCAGUGCCUGGGGGUAGUGGGACACAGGAUGAAGAUUCAGGGUUCCCACUGUUCCGCAUUAGCUACAUGUGGUACUCCUUCCUGGGCAUGGCCCUCACACUCGUUCUGAGCCUCAUCUUUUCGUGGGUGAGCGACACCAUGCAGAGGCGGCGCAUCCUGAAAAUCACGAGCCCAUCACAGCUAACAAAUGACUUGCACAGCUCUGGCAGCAUCUCCAUCGCCGUUCAUCCACCCACCGUGAUUGAUGGAAGUAAUCUCGAACCAACGAAGGCUUCCUCACUCGACAAUCCACAAUUCGCCCAUCGAUUCGUUGGCAUUGACAAUAAGGCACUCAAAUUGGAUGAGGGGUAAAAGGAGCAGCAGAAAUAUCCCUUCUUCCACACACAGUAAGUUCCUGCCUCCCUGUGGAAGUUUUACAAGUAAGAAGAAAAAAAGAGCUUUGAUUUGAGGAAAAUUCCCACACUCCUUUGGGAUAUUGCGAUGAAGACGAGAGAGAGAGAGAGAGGAGUUGGCGAAAGACGCAGUGCUAUUAAUUCUAAAUUAAGUUUUAAGUCUGAUAACGAGGCAAACUUUUUUUAUACUCUGUUUUCCAUACACUCACGACAAAGUCGAUAGAAUAAGUUUUGUAAAAGAAGAGACGAUGAAGGUAACUUUAUGGGAGACGAUGGUGAAAAGGAGCGAUAAGAGAAACUUCCAAGGGGUCUAUUGCACUGAAAAACUUUUUUUUUUAUAGAAAAUAGUUGAGAUUCGCAAAACUGCUAGAAAAUUAUUUUCUUUAGGACUGAUUGUGAAUUUAGUGGCGAUAAACAGUGGGAUUUAAAAUAAAACUGCUAGAAUUUAUCAAUUCGCUAUGUAUUUGUGAUUUUUUUUAAAUCUUUUAUUUAUCGUCAACUCUUUUGGAGCUAUUGGUUGUUCUUUAACUGAUAGUUUAUCAAUACAAGAUAUUAUUUUAAAAACUGCUAGAAUUAUGAGAAAUCGGUUGAGAUUCGCAAAACUGCUAGAACAUUAAUUUCUUGAGGACUGAUUAUGAAUUUAGUGGCGAUAUACAUACAAUGGCUAAGAAAAUACAAUACCAACGCUUUAACAGAUUUAAAAUGAAACUGCUAGAAUUUAUUGAUCCGCUAUGUAUUUAUGAUUUUAUUUAAAAACCUUUUAUUUAUCAUCAACCCUUUGAGGGCCAUUGGUUGUCCUUUAACUGAUAGUUCAAAAUAAUAUUUUAAAAACUGCUAGAUUUUUCUGGGUUGCUCUUCCUUUUUAUUAUUAAGAAGUUGUAUUUACCUUUGCAAUUCAUUUUGUAAUUAUCUAUGAUAACUUUCCAGCAGUCGUUUAAUAUAUUUUCUAGCAGUUUCAUAAAAAAUCCGCUUUUUGUUGUUUUUGUCAAAUCAUAUACAAACAUUUUCAAGCAAGACAUUAAAACUUUUAGCAGUUUUCGCUAUAAACAAGAAGUGCAAUAACUAUUUUUUAACAAAUAAUUUUGAUCUGUUUUAUAGAGAAGCGUUUCAAAAUAAAGAAGAAUUUUAGUGCUAAAAAACAUGAAUAAAAAACAAAAUUGAAAAUUUCUAGCAGUUUUGUGAAUUUUUUCAAACAUUAAAAAAUGUCGAGAAAGUUGCAAACCCCUCGAAAGUUUCCUCCAACCACUUGAGAGAAAAUGCGAAACAUCAUUAUUUUAAAAUUACUUUUUACCGGAAAAUCACAUCAAUAUUAUGUUUAUAUAAAUUUUCUGGGAAAACUUGAGCAAUUUCUGCAACAUUUUCACACAUUCAGGGAUUUAAUCUAAAUAGUUUCCUUCAUAAUUUUCCCGUCUUACUCUCGCAGGAUGAAAGUUCUGUUGUGUGUAUGUGUGUGUUUUGACAAAAUUGAAGUCAACAAUGGCAAUUAUUAAAUUUUAAUUCAUUUGCUCUUGUGUGAAAAUGCUUGAGGACUUGAGAGAUGAGCGUCAAAGUUGUAAAUCUCUUCGUGAAACAGAUGGUGUUGGAAGAUUUCCGCACAUAGACGCUCUUCCGGGGAAAUAGGGGGUGAAUGUAGUGGUGGACUCUUGAGCGAGGAGCGAGGAGGGAUUAAAUUAAAUUUCAUUGGUGAGGAAGUGUGAUGAUAGUUGUUGCUGAACUUGAUAGUUUUAUUGAGGAAAUUUGUGCAAGUUUGCUCUUUCAUUGCUUAAUUCGUGUGCAAUGUGCUUCCCCCUUCGCACAAAACUAACUUGAGGUUCACCUUUUCAUGUUUUAGAGAAGUUUAAAAAAAAAACAUUAAAAGAAUUGAGGUUGAAAAAUUAUUUUCUCAUGCUGAUGGUUUUCCCCCAUUGUCUCUAUCAGUGAUGUUGUUUUUGCUCUACCCUAGAGUGAAUGCACUUCUAAUUAGAAAAUGUUUAAAAUUAAAAGAAAAGUUUUGAAGUUUUUUUUUUCUUUUUCUUUUUGGAAAUAAAUCACCGAUUUAAGAGUCAUGAAAGUUUCUUUAUUUGUUCUUUGCUCUCUACAAGUCUCAAAAGUUCUCUAACAGAAUAUUUUAUUGCAUUUAGAAUGGCUUGAGUGUGUGUCUCUAUUUAUCUCCAAUAUACUGUGCUUGUUUGAUGGGAAGUUCUAUGAAAGUUUGCUUACCAUUUGCUUUACAUUUUAAUUAUUUAUUCAAUCCACUUGACAUUCCACUAAAAAUUCUACAUUAAGAACAUUCUACGAGUAGAUUUUUUUUUAGUAAAUUAAGAGAAAUAUAAUUAAGAAAAAUUUCUACAUCUUGCCUCACAAUAAAACAGGAACAUCGAAUUUGAGAACCAAAAAUUUAUUUUUUUUCUUAUACACCUUUUAGUAUGUAAAUUAGUCCUUAAAAACUAAUAUAAAAAGUUCAAAAGGACAAUAAAGAACAAUUUAGUAUUUAUAAGAAGAAACUUAAUCAAUUUACAAUUUGAUGAAACUUAUAGUACACUACAUGACGUAUACAAGGAAUAUUUAACUGUAUAAGUUUAUGGCCUAACUGAACUAAUAAACUCUGAAAAUAUACAAAAAA